UUCACCCGGCCCUAUAAAUGUAUGUACGCCAAUCGAUAUAAUAGUUGUGCCAUGCGGAUCGGAUCUCUUUCUACUAAUUUCUUUCAAACUACACCAAUCGGCGAGGCUAGAAGCGAAAAAAUCGAGUAGGAGAGCAUAUAUACAUAGAUGAUGUCCGCACCAGCUAAUUUGGAGACGGGGGGAGAAGAGAAGAAAUUAGAAAUAGAGAAAGAGAAAGAGGUGGAGAGUCAGGUAGAGGUAGCAGAUACUGAGUCAAAGCCAUGGAAAGAGCAAAUAACAGUGAGAGGGUUGGUGGUGAGCAUGGUGCUUGGAAUCAUAUACAGCAUAAUAGCCAUGAAGCUCAAUCUCUCGGCUGGAAUCGUUCCUAACUUCAAUGCCUCUGCUGCCCUCCUUGCUUUCUUGUUUGUCCGAAGCUGGAACAAAGUUCUCCAAAAGGCUGGUUUUAUCUCCAAACCCUUCACCCGGCAAGAAAACACCAUCAUACAGACUUGUGCUGUCUCAUGCUAUAGCAUUGCUGUUCAUGGAGGAUUCGCUUCUUAUCUUUUGGGAUUAAACAGGAAGACGUAUGAGUUGUCUGGAGUUGGGGCUGAGGGUAACAAUCCAAAUACUGUUAGAGAUCCUGGAUAUGCUUGGAUGACUGCCUUCCUUUUUGUGGUUUGCUUUGUUGGCCUCUUUAUCUUGAUUCCACUCAGAAAGAUCAUGAUAGUUGACCUGAAGUUGACGUUUCCUAGUGGCUUGGCCACAGCUGUUCUCAUCAAUGGUUUCCACACGCAGGGGGACAAAAUGGCCAAGAAGCAAGUUGGUGGGUUCCUGAAGUAUUUUUCCAUCAGUUUCAUGUGGGGGUUUUUCAAGUGGUUCUUCUCAGGGACACAGGGCUGCGGAUUCGCGCAGUUUCCUACCUUUGGAUUGAAAGCUUGGAAGCAAACAUUCUAUUUCGAUUUUAACAUGACUUAUGUGGGAGCAGGGAUGAUUUGCCCCCACCUAGUGAAUUUGUCUUUGCUCCUUGGAGCUGUUCUAUCUUUUGGAGUGGUAUGGCCGCUCAUUGAUCUUCGUAAGGGAGAUUGGUUCCCGACCAAUUUAGAUGAGAGCAGCAUGAAAGCCUUGUAUGGCUACAAGGUCUUCCUGACAGUUGCUCUCAUCCUCGGUGAUGGCUUAUACAACUUUGUCAAGAUUCUAGUUUCCUCAAUCCUUAGCGUACAUGAAAAAAUUAAGAACCGUAAAAAUGCAGUAAGCGGUGAUCAGCAGGGGGAUAACGGUGAAGAGCUUAAAAAAAAACAAGUGUUUCUGAGGGACAACAUAUCGAUGUGGAUUGGAACCGGCGGAUACAUAGUUUUGUCGGUGGUAGCCAUAAUUGUAAUCCCACAAAUGUUUCCUCAGCUGAAGUGGUUCUACGUGGUGGUCGCAUACAUCUUAGCGCCAUCCCUGGCAUUCUGUAACGCUUACGGAACGGGCCUCACCGACAUGAACAUGGCACACAAUUACGGCAAAGUGGCACUCUUUGUUAUAGCAGCUAUGAGCGGGAGAGACAACGGGGUGGUGGCAGGACUCGUAGGUUGUGGUCUGGUUAAAUCUGUGGUCUCCGUGGCUUGCACUCUGAUGCUCGAUUUCAAAACUGCGUAUUACACCUGCACUUCUCCUAAAGCAAUGUUCAUAUGCCAAUUAGUGGGCACUGCGUUGGGAUGUGUAAUAGCUCCCCUCAGCUUCUUUCUGUUCUACAAGGCGUUCGAUGUGGGGAACCCGCAUGGGGAAUUCAAGGCUCCCUAUGCUCUCAUUUACAGAAACAUGGCAGUCUUAGGCGUCGAAGGUUUCUCGGCACUUCCCCACCACUGCUUGCAGCUCUGUUACGGGUUCUUCGCUUUCGCGGUGGCUGUGAACAUGGUCAGAGACCUCUCCCCCAAGAAGAUUGGGAAAUGGAUGCCUUUGCCCAUGGUAAUGGCGAUACCCUUCCUUGUUGGUGCUUACUUUGCCAUUGAUAUGGCCCUUGGGACUUUGGUUGUUUACGUGUGGCACAAGCUUAACUCCAAGAAGGCUGAGGCCAUGAUUCCAGCAACUGCCUCUGGACUCAUUUGUGGGGAAGGCCUCUGGGCUCUCCCUGCUUCCAUUCUCGCCCUUUCCAAAAUUAAACCUCCUAUCUGCAUGAAUUUUCUUGCUUCCUAGAACUUGAUCAUCAACUACAUCAAACCAAUAAAUGCCAUGAUUAGUUAGUGUUUGCAGUUCCACCUCAUACCCCCAGAAAUAGAAUACUACAAAUAUUCCUAGUGUCUCGUCAUUGGGCUUUGGAACAUUGUAUUAUUGCUUACUACAACUUAAUUCGUAGCAAAAGUCAGUUCCUGUUAUUGAUCUCUUGGAAGGGAAGAGAAUUAAUUCGACUUAUUUGUGUAAAACGUCAACAAAUGAUUUAUUAAGAGAGCUGAAAAGUUGUCUAUGAUAUAAAAAAGUUAAUUUAAUUGGUA